AUGCCAUCGGCCUCGCCUGCCGUCACCACGCUGCCGCCUGAGGGCCUCGUCACCGUCACCCUCCCGCCUCGCCGCCACGCCUGGACGCCAACGCAGAUCGCCACGCCGCCACCUCGUCGGACCGCCACCCCGUCAUCGCCCUGCCGCCGUCGUCCCCGCGCCCCAUUGCCCCGUGCCCUACAACCUCCCGUGAGCCCCCCUCCUUCUCCUCUUCCCCGCGCUCCGGCCGCGCACCUGCACACCCGCGCCGUCUGCGCCCGGCGCGUGGCCGUGCCCCUGUUUUCCCCCGCUCUGCUCCGCCUCCGGCCGCGACCAAACCCGCAUCCACUUGGCCCCGCUUGA